CCCGACUGAAGAACCUCCUGAUGACUGAACAGAACCAGAACUGAUGAGACUGAUGAACAGAUGUGACGAGAGAUGAAGCUGGAGGUGAAGAUUCAGCUGUUGAAGUUCUUCUCUGCAGUUUUCAACUCCCUCUUCCUGGCUCUGGGUCUGAGUGUUGCCGGCUGUGCAGUUUGGAUCCUGUUUGGCAAAGGAAACUUUCUGACCGUCCUCUCCUCUGUGGAGUUGACUACAGUAGCUUUCGGGCUGUUGAUCAUUGGUGGAGUGGUUGUAUCAGUCAGUGUUGUUGGAUGUAUUGGAGCUGAUGGAGAGCACAGAUUUCUGCUACUGACCUACCUGGGCUUCCUGAUCAUCCUGGUCCUGGGCCAGCUGUUCGUCACCCUGCUGCUGCUCAUCAGCAGGAACAAGAUUGAACAGAGUCUGGACGCAGCAGUGGAUCAGAUCAUCCUUCAGUACGGAGGCAGCAGCUCUCAGGACGCACUGAUGGACAACGUGCAGCACUAUGGGAAGUGCUGCGGCAGGACGGGGCCAGCUGAUUGGCUGAAGAACUCCUAUAUCCAGAGUCUGAACCUGACCAGACCAGACGUACUUCCUUGUUCCUGUUUCAGCUCGUAUCGUCGCAGCUUUAACUUGUCCUGGUGCUCAGAGCUGCUGAACUACACCGAGCCGCUGUACGGACGAGGAAACAGCUCGUAUGACCAGGGCUGCAGGCAGACGCUGAGUGUGUGGCUGCAGGAAAAUGCUUUGACCAUCCUCGGUAUGGACGUCAGCCUCGUUCUGAUCCAGGUGCUUCAGUUUGUGGUCAUGGUCUACCUGUACCGCGCGGUUGGAAGGAAAGCCUCUUUGAAACGAUCCAAUCGGCUCAUUGACCCUGACCACGCCCACCUAGACCACGCCCCAGCAGAAGACCCCGACUAUGGGGAGCAGAACGACGCCUCCCCAGACCCCAAUGGUGGUUAUAUACACACCGCUUAUCACCAUGACAACCAGAAUCACAACCGGGUGUACAUGGAGCCGGCUCAGGGCUACAGCUGAGGUGAUGUUUGGAUCACAGCUGAACUUCAUUAAAUCUGUAAUUGUAACAGAAACAUAAACAGUUCUGAGCUGUUUGUUCAUUUUCUAUCAGUUUGUAAGAAAGAAAAGUUUAUUAAUGUGACAUGGAAACAACGUGAUUCACAAACAGACGAUAAAUAAAGAUUUGAAAGAAGGAGAGAACGUUCAUUUAGACAAAGAACAUCAGGUAACAUGAGAACAGCUGGCUGCAGCUGGAGAGAUUUCACAGGUGUGUGCUGCUGA